CCCGGUUUCGGUUUCUAAGUUGUUUCUGGUCAAUAUAAACCCUAAUUCUUACCUUCUUCACUUUUCUUCUCGACUCUGCACAUCUCUCGCUCUUGCUGUGGAUUUUGCAACUGCUCUGCUGUUUCUUCCAAAAUGAGCCGCCCAAUGGAGGAAGAUGCUUAAAAAAAUUUCUGGCUCCGCCACUGGUGGUGAUCGAAACAUGGUUGAUGUUGAUGUUAUCAGCACCUUACCAGAUGAGUUAUUGUAUCACAUACUCUCUUUUCUCCCAACGAAACAAGCUUUGGCCACCGGAGUUCUUUCCAAGAGGUGGGCUAACCUACCCCGGCCUUUGCAAGUCCUUCACCUUGAUGAAGAUGGUUCUAAUCCCACACGCUGCCGUUCCUUCAUAAGCCUAGUGGACACACUUAUGCUCUCCCAUCACAACCAACACAUUAGUAUCACAUCCCUGCACCUCAAAUACAACGGUUCUUCACAUCUUUUGUCACGGUUCAAACUCGACCAGUGGAUGGCCGCCGCGAAACAACGUCACAUUCAGGAUUUGACACUCUCACUGCCAAGCUUUCACUUGCCGCCUUGCAUUCUGACCUCCCAAACUCUCGUACUCCUCGAUCUCACUUCUUUAUUUAUUCAACCUUCAUCUUCCGUUCAUCUUCCGUCCCUCAAAACCCUUCGUUUGCAACAAAUUACUUUCGACAGCCCUCAUGAUCCACUCAGGCUUCUUUCUCUGUGUCCUGUUCUAGAGGAUUUCCACGCUGCACACUUUUAUUUUAGACAACAUGAUCAUGCAACAUACUUUACACCCUUACCCAACAAAAACUUGAUCAAAGCAAACAUAUUUUCCACAACCCAUCUUCCUCUUCCCAUGUCCGCAUUUCUAAAUCUCGAGUUUCUUGACAUAACCAAGGGUACAUUUAAUGGCGAUGCCUUCCCAACAUUUAACAACUUAAUCCACUUAAACAUCUACGAAACUUCAUUUCGUGGAUGGGAUCUGGCAGUGCAUGUGCUACAGAAAUGUCCCAAGCUUCAAAUUCUUAACAUGAGAACGGGCCAACGUGAGGAGGAUUGGAUAUUUGAUUGGGGAUAUGAGGGUCCUAACCGCGAGGAUUGGGAAUAUCCGGCUUAUGUUCCUGAAUGUGUUUCGUCACACCUGAGAAUAAUUUCCCUUAGUGACUAUGGAGGCUGGGAAGAUGAUCUUCGAUUUGCAGCAUACAUCCUGCAAAAGGCGAGGGUUUUACAGGUCAUGACAAUCCAUUGUUUCGAUAUGUGUUACUGUAAUAGCUAUCACCGCCGACUUGUUGAAAUAUUGUCCUCCUACCCAAAGAUCUCUCAUGCAUGUGAACUUUCAGUUGUUACUAAAGGAAAUAAAGAGAAUGAAGCUAGCCCAUGGUGGGCGCCGGAUAGACCUUUUAUGUUUAUAGCAGCUUCGUUAUAUUUUCUAUAUUUAGUUCAAAGAUAGAGAAUUGAAGGAAGAUAGUGCAUCAAGUUGUUUGUUAGGGUCAGCUUAAUUUUCUUCCCCUAAAUCCCAGAUGAGAAAAUCCUAGAAGAGCCAUGGUGCAAUUGGAUCCCGCCUUGUUACUUUGGUGAGAAAAAAAAAUUACAAUUAUUGGGUAUUAUUAGAGACACUUCACAUUUAUCACAGUUCAUUAUUUUCUUCUA